AGAGUGUUGUAUUAUUUUAGUUGAUUUUGGCCUACAUGUGACAUUGAAUAAUAUGUUUAUAUUAAACUGCAUACCCUAUAUUAGAUGCCGUAUUCUGGAAGAUAUUUAAAUUAUAUUUCAUUCCGUAUAAGUAUUUUCCAUAUCUUAAACCAACGGUUAUUAAGUAAAUUUAAGAAGACCACUUUUUGUUUGAAUCUUUGAAUCGCAAUUACAAACAAUUAAAUGCAAUGGCUACUAUGACGAAAACGAGCCUAUUGUACAAAAAUAUAUGUAUAAAUGGGUAUUUACAGAAUAACAUGGGAAUUUAUAUUUACAUAAUAACAUGUGUAUUGAGAAUAUCUACAUGGAAUUGAAGAGAUUUUAAAUACCUUACAUUAUAAAGAAUAGAAUAUCGCGUGUGUCAUUUAAAAUAAGAACACUCUGUGUAAUUCAAUGAUAAAAAUGUGAAUUUUAUUAACGAAAGUAUCUUGACUAAAAUAUUUAAGUAUAUUGCCGGUGUUGGUGAUGUGUUGUACAGUACGUUGUACAUAACCACGACAUAGGUAUCUAUGGUAGGGGAGCAAAGUAUGCUAAAUGUGCAGUCACUCGAGCGCUUUGGAGACCUAUUGGGUUGUGAAGAGUAGGUCCUAAAACCAAAAAAACCAUAGAGAAAUGGACCCUCAGACUGAAGAAAAAACCUAUAACGACUCAAAUACGCUGGAAGACGACGAUGAAAUCGUUUUAAUAGAAACACCUGUGUUGUAUCAUACCAACCAAAGUUGUAGUCAGUUCCCGAUUGGCCUAAAUGACUACAGUGCUCCUUUUGACCCAGAUAUACCUGAACUAGUAUUCGAACCAGAAUAUUUCCAUUACACUAAUGGAGAAUUGUGUAAAAAUGAAACCGAGACCGGCAAUGUAAUCGAUUUAAGUAUAAAGACAGAGUCGCAUCAAAAUUGUUCUGCCUCAAACAUCAAUACGACGGAAACUGAUCCUGACACGAAAAGUGAAAGUGAUGAUGAUAUAAUUUUUAUAAAAGAGUAUAAAAAUGAACAAACUGUAGUCAAUGAACUUACUUUCCAAGAGAAAUUUAAAAACAGUGAUAGUAAUAUCAGAAGAAAUCCUAUACGAACCGUUAGAAAUAAAUCGAAAAAUCUGUCACACGAACUGUUCUAUGAAGAGGAUUUUGUGUUUUUUGAUACUACCGAUGAUGACACGGAGGAGAAAGAAAAUAAGGCUGUUAAAAAAUCUCCUGCUGCAAAAUUACCCAAAGAAUGGCCUGUAAAUGUACACGAAAGACCCGAAUACAAUCCAGAAACCAAAAAGAUUGAGGCUUUUGAUUACACCAUACGCGAAAUCCAAAAUACCUCCGGCAAUUCUGAACCAUCUGAAAUGCCCAAGAAAACGAAAAAGGAUCAAGCACCUGCGCGUAACGGCGCAAGGAAGAAACCAAGAGUCAGACGAUCGAGGAAACAGGCUUCUCCAUGGGCUUCUCCAGUAGCAGUACGUGAAACGGUUUCUUUAGAUCCGCUGAAACCUUUGAUUAAUAGUACGACCGAUAUGUUGAAGCAAUAUUUUAUCAGUACUCGAGAGAACCAAGAUAUUAUUAAAACGAUAUCUCCUCUAUGUACGUUCGAAAAUAAAGUGGAGAUACUUAGGAACCAAGCUUUUUUGUUCGCAAUAGUAAAUAAUCUAGAUGAAAGAGAGGUGACAGAUAAAUUUAAACAUUUAGACUUGAAUAAUAAACGUAAAAGUUAAUAUGUAUGUAUGAUUUUUCUUCUUAGUAGGUAAGUUGUAAAUUUUGAGAUGUUUUGUUUGAGAUCAUCUUUUUUAUGAAUAGGUUAUGUUUAGAUUCAUUGAAAUCAUUUUGCCAUUAAUAUAUAUUUUAGUUGAUCUUUUCAAACUAAUUUAAUUUUUUCUCAAAAUUUUCUCCCAGAUAAUAUUGACGAAUCCUGUCUUAACUAUCUAGGUUUCCAAGUUAAGUGUGAAUAAACUUUAAUGAUUACAUUGGACGGAUCCUUCCUUAUCACGUGGGAAUAUCCAAGUUCAAAAAUACCUUCUUCUUCUUCUUCUUUUAGAACACCCUUCUGUAUAUUUGUGGUGUUGAUGUACAGCCUCAUACCACCUCUUCGGGGUCUACUUAGUGGUAUUUGUGUAUUAGGUUUAUAUGUCGUUACCCAUUUCGCGAUAAUUCCUGGGUCUAUUCUGUCGCUCUGAUCUCUUCAUUUGCGGCGUUGUGCUCGUGUCCACCUCACCAUAUCCUAGAUUCCAGUUUUAAUGUAGGCUGGUAAUUAAGCUCAUUAGUGAUACCUUCAAUUCCUGGCAUUUUUUUGUUUUUCAUUUUCUUAAUUGUUAUUUGUACUUCUUCACUAGUUUUAUAUCUUCGUCAAUGUCAAUAUAUUCGUCAAUAUCUACGUCACUUUGGUCUUGUUCUUCGAUGUAUAUAUCUGUGUAAUUGUAUAAUUAUUGAAGUAUUAUGUCCAGGUGUCAGGUUUUAUAAAGGUUUUUUGAAUUUCCUCAUUUACUUCUUCUUUAUUACUCUUAGCAAAUUUCAUAUCUUUCUUUACCACUUCCGUAUAUGCCAUGCUCCAUUUCUACCGAGAAUCUUUCCCAAUAUGUUUGCUUCAGUUUCUUUAUCUCACAGAUCGCUCUAUUUAUAACUUCUUCGUAAAUUUUGUAUGUCUUCAGGUUUGUGUUACCACUUAUUUUAUUUAGGAUUUUUUUUCCUUAGCUGCUAUCUUGACUUCAUGUAUAAACCACGGUUUAUUGUCUUUUGGUCUGUUUCUGUUGAUUGUUAUUUUUGUCCAAUUACCUUUGCGGAACUAUUUGUAAUAUUAUCUUUUAGUUUUCCCUAGGAUUCUACAACGAUAUUUAUUUCUCUUAUGCAGUUCCGAGAUACCUAUCUAUUCUUCAAUUCGUCUUUGGCAGAUAAUGUCAGUGCUCUCGUUUUCUAGUGAUUCUGAAUUAAAUUUUAUUAUAUAGUUCGGUUCCCUUCUUCCCGUGGUGUGUUAGUUUUUCUCCGCUUCCAGUUGAUAGUUUUUCAUUCAAUAUCUGUAUAAUUCAGGGGCGUCAUUUAAUAGGGGGCAUUCCCCCCCCCCCCGACCCUGAAAAUUACUGAAAUUUACAAAAAAUAGAUCAAUUUUGUAUUAUGUUUGCAUAUAAAUGUAUCUAUAAUGCUUGCCCCCCUAUCAAAAGUUCAAAUGACGCUCCUGGUAUAAUUCAUGGUAAGGUGGUACUUUUUCCAUUGCUGUGUUGAUAUCAAGUGCAUAGAUACUUAUAAAAUGGAUCUUUCUGUCUGAAAAUCUGUUUUCAAAUUCUUGUGAAUUGUGAAGUAGUAUUGCUUACUCCGGCCUGAACUCGAGCAUGCUUCUCAACUUCACUGUAGAAUAAUAUUUGAUUUUGGUAUCUUAUGUUGCCUUAUUAUGACAUCGUGAAAUUUUAACCAAACCUGUUUUUACUUCAAUAAGUUUCAUUCAAUUGUUAAAAUGAUUUCUAAUAUUUUAAAUAUAGGUUGUCCUUCUCUUUAUGACUCUCUUAUUUCGUCUAGGGCUCAUGGAUUUUUUAUUUCUUCCUCUGAUAUUUUAUAUAUAUUUUCAGGUCCAAUAUUUUGUACCCUACUAGUCAGUACUUUUGUUAUUUUUCCUACCGUUGGUUUUGCUUUUGACUCAUAUAGCGUUGUGGUAUUCUUUUGGAUUUAUGUGAUUUCUUUUUCUGAUCAUUAUUGAAUUGUGUUAAUUGAUUUCUUUCUUCUCUUGUAAUUAUAGACCUUUCUUCUCUUUAUUUAACUUCGUUAUUUUGUACUUCCUAUUGCUUUUCUGAAUUUUUUGUUGGUCGUGGAUAUUGAUUAAUUCUAUUCUAUUGGUUCUAUUAAUAACGUUUGUUUCUUAAGAUUGUGACCUUAUUAAAAAUAGGUACACGAUUUUGUAUUUCUUAAAUCCGGCUGAAAUGAAAAGACUGAUAGAACAUACUACGGGAAUCGUUUUUUAAUAAUUUUUUUAACUUUGUAUUGUUAAAAUAUUGCUAAUAAAUGAUAUUUUUAAAAUCA